GAGGUGGGGGGGGGGGCAGAAGAAGCCCUUUGUAAACCUGACAAAGCGUUUGAGAUUAGAACAAGUAUUCUCGGAGGAGCAGGAGACGUGCAACCCCCAGGAUCUCCGAAAUUAAUGGAUCCUGUCUUCGCUGGAGGACGUGGAAAAAAGAGAGUCUUCUUCGCUUUACACGCCCAGACUCGCAACGAAUGGUACAUUUUCCCGAAGUUUACAUUACUGCGAAAAAAUGAACGUCUAAUCCUAUUCUGUUCAUAAGAAGCAAUAAACAGUUUGGAGAAACUUUGGUGGACUUGGUUUUGGGAUCCACUACCAUUUUUUUGGAUAUACAAUCUCCUGGAUUUUUCAAGAAUAAUAGUUGCUGCGUAUAAUUUGGAUUUUUGGGGGCUUUUCUCCUCAUUUGAAAAGGGAAUCUUGACGGAUUUCGGAUUAGUUCAGAAAUCACUGCUUGGCAUUUGUGCUGCUGCGGAGAGAAGUCUCACCGUCCGGAGUGCACUCUCCCCGGCCCAUGAGCCGCCUGCGGCUCCGUGCAUGCAGAUCAAACUCGGUACAUUAGUGCAUCAAGGUCAGGUGACUGGGGGGCAUUCCCGUGAGUGACAGGCCCGACAGCCAGCAGUUCAUGGUUGGGCGGAGCUCCUCAGAUGGGAUCUCUGUCCAGGGGGAGGCCAAGGAGGGGGGGAUGGGCACGCCCGGCCCCCGGUGACGGGAUGUCUGCGUGGCUCUGGCUGCUGGGCGUGACCUUGCUUUCGCUGGUGACGGCUUCGGGGGCACGGCCCGCCUAUCAGACCACGGAGAAAGACAACACCACGCCGGAACCUGAUGAGCCUCCAACAAAGUACCAAAUCUCUAAGCCCAAGGUGUGCUCGGUGCACCCUGGCGAACUACUGACGCUGAGGUGCCCGCUGCCAGGGGCGGGCACCAUCACCUGGAUGAAGGACGGCUUCUUGCUGGGGCCCAACAACCGCACGCUUGUAGAGCACAGGCUGCUGCAGAUCCGCGACGCCGCUGCCAAGGACUCGGGUCUGUACACGUGCAGCUCUGCCGGUCCCCCGGGCAGCAACACGCUCUGCUUCAUCGUCAAUGUCACAGAUGCCAUCUCGUCUGGCGACGACGAGGACGACACGGAGCGUUCCGAGGACAUCCCCGGAGAUGGGGAGCAGACGCGGAUGCCCUACUGGACCCUGCCAGAUAGGAUGGAGAAGAAGCUGCACGCCGUGCCGGCAGCCAACACGGUGAAGUUCCGCUGUGCGGCGGCAGGGAACCCCAAACCCACCAUGCACUGGCAAAAGAAUGGCAGACCUUUCCGACCAGAGGACCGCAUGGGAGGGUACAAGGUGAGAUACCAGCACUGGACCCUGAUCAUGGAGAGUGUGGUUCCAUCGGACAAAGGCAACUACACCUGUCUGGUGGAGAACAAGUACGGAUCCAUCAACCACACCUACACACUUGAUGUAGUGGAGAGGUCCCCACACCGGCCCAUCCUCCAGGCGGGCCUGCCGGCCAACAUCACCGUGCACGUGGGGCAGGACGCCCGCUUUGUCUGUAAGGUGUACAGCGACGCCCAGCCCCACAUCCAGUGGCUGAAGCACAUCGAGAAGAAUGGCAGCCGCUACGGAUCUGAUGGACUCCCCUAUGUGCGCGUCCUCAAGACCGCAGGUGUUAACACCACGGACAAGGAGAUUGAAGUUUUCUACUUGCCCAAUGUCACUUUCGAGGAUGCGGGGGAGUAUACGUGUUUGGCGGGUAACUCUAUCGGGAUCUCCUUUCACUCUGCUUGGUUGACGGUUCUUCCAGCAGUCCCCGAGGAGCAGGUCAAGGGACUGACCUCACCUGACUAUGUUGAGAUCGCCAUCUACUGCGUGGGCGUCUUCCUCAUCGCCUGCAUGGUGGUGGUGGUGGUGGCCUGCCGCAUGCGCACCACUGCUAAGAAGCCUGACUUUGGCGGCCAGCCCACCGUGCACAAGCUCAGCAAGCAGAUUCCCCUGCGUCGCCAGGUGUCAGCAGACUCGGGCUCCUCCAUGAAUUCCAGUACCCCACUGGUACGGAUCACCACCCACCGAUCCUCAGCCCAUGACGACCCUAUCCCAGAAUACGAUCUUCCAGAGGACCCGCGCUGGGAGUUCUCCCGGGAUAAGCUGACGCUUGGCAAGCCACUGGGAGAGGGCUGCUUUGGGCAGGUGGUGAUGGCUGAAGCUAUGGGGAUCGACAAGGACAAGUCCAAGGAAGCUGUGACAGUGGCAGUCAAGAUGCUCAAAGACGACGCCACGGAGAAGGACCUCUCUGACCUGGUGUCUGAGAUGGAGAUGAUGAAGAUGAUUGGGAAGCACAAAAACAUCAUCAACCUGCUGGGGGCUUGUACGCAGGACGGCCCUCUGUACGUCAUUGUGGAGUACGCCUCCAAGGGGAACCUUCGGGAAUACCUGCGAGCCCGCCGGCCGCCCGGCAUGGAGUACUCCUACGAUAUUGCCCGCGUGUCAGACGAGCAGCUCACCUUCAAGGACCUGGUGUCCUGUGCCUACCAGGUGGCACGUGGUAUGGAGUACCUGGCCUCACAGAAGUGUAUUCAUAGGGACUUGGCCGCGAGGAAUGUACUGGUCACAGAAAGCAAUGUCAUGAAGAUAGCUGACUUCGGCUUGGCCAGGGACGUCCACAACAUCGAUUACUAUAAAAAGACCACAAAUGGUCGUCUUCCAGUGAAGUGGAUGGCCCCAGAAGCCCUCUUCGACCGAGUCUACACACACCAGAGUGACGUGUGGUCGUUUGGCGUGCUGAUGUGGGAGAUCUUCACGCUGGGAGGCUCUCCAUACCCAGGCAUCCCUGUGGAGGAGCUCUUCAAACUCCUCAAGGAAGGCCACAGGAUGGACAAGCCCAGCAACUGCACCAACGAGUUGUAUAUGAUGAUGAAAGACUGUUGGCACGCCAUCUCCUCUCACAGACCCACCUUCAAACAGCUGGUGGAGGACUUGGACCGCAUCCUUACCUUGGCCACCAAUGAGGAGUACCUGGACCUGUGUGCCCCCACCGAGCAGUAUUCUCCCAGCUUCCCAGACACACGCAGCUCCUGUUCUUCCGGAGACGACUCCGUAUUCUCCCACGAGCCCCUCCCGGAUGAGCCCUGCCUUCCCAAGUAUCAGCACAUCAACGGCGGGGUAAAGACAUGAGGCUGCAGGGACGCGGUCAGCUCUGUGACCUCCGUGCCCACCCCCCGAAUAGUCUUCCUACUAGCCCCUGGAAAAGGGCAAGACCCACAAACCCCUCCCCCCCCAAUCUUCUGCUCCCCUCACCCUUUCUGGAUCCCGGUGGACUUUUGGACCCAGGGGGGUGCCGGACUAAAGACGUGCUGCUGUUGAAUCUGAACUGAGCUGUGUGGCAGACACACGCGCGCACACACGUACACACACACACAUACCUGCAUGCACGCACAGAUGUGCGACUCCAAGCUCUUAACGGGAGGACGGACCCCGAAAAUGCUCCAGGCGAAUGACCUGACUGCCCAAUCCUGGGGUUCGCUUCUCGCCUAUUUUUUAUUUUUUUUUUAGUUUCUUUUUAUUAUUUUUCUUUCUCCAAGAUCCUGAAAUAGUUUCAAAUAAUUGAUUUCAUUCCACUGGCUGGCAUUUCUGAAACUGUUCCAAAGGGAAGCGUGGACCAGUGUCCUCUACUAGAGGACUUAAGGACAAAAAUAGGAAAUAAACAGGAAAAAUAAACUAAAACUAACAAAAAAAUGUAGGGAAAGAGAAAGACACUGCCUCAUGUUUUUGUAAUAUGGUUUGUAUUUUCUUUUUUGAUAAGCCCACACCAUUAUUAUUAUUGAGCUGAAUACACAGUAUAUAGUGCUGGGUAUAUGUGUAAAUAUAUUCAAAUAUGUAUAAAUAUAUAUAUUAUAUUUACAGUGAAUUAUUUUUUGUAUGGAUUCCAGAGUAACUUUCCCCUCCUCUCGCCCCCUAUCUGAGGUGUCUAACGAACACCUGUUUCACUUCUACUCAAAUACAUAACGGAGUUUGGGCUGUCCCGGUGGUAGCAUGUUAAUUUAUUGACUUAUGUUUUUAAGACGAAAAAGUAAAAAAAAAAAACGCCGUAAUAAAGAAAUAAUAUUAAUGAAAUAAUAAAUAAUCCAUUAUGUUUAUUGUAAUUUAAAAUGAUCUUUCAGAGGAGGUUACAGAAAUAAUUUAGUGGGUAUUUGGAAGAUCCUGCACUUGUUUUUUAUACGUUUUAAUAUGAAUGUUAGGUUCAUUUGACACACUUUACAUUUUUUUUGUUUUCUAAUACUUCCUUGACAUAGAAGAUGUUUUCUCAUUUUAAGAUUGUAGCAAGGAAAAUGCCGACUAUCGGUGCAUGAAAGAACGGCGUCUUCACAAAUACCCGCUAAAGUUCUGUCACUUAACCUAGACUAAAUAGAUUCUACAAAAUUCACGUAAGGUUUUUUUUUCAGAAAACAGAAGUAUUAAAAAAUCAUCCAAGUGUUUCCAAUUUUUUUCCUGCGAGUGUUGAUUUUUCUGACACUUACUGCAAAAUUAAAGGUGAAAAACUGAAA